UCGACCGUUCGAAAGAGGUCCCCUUAUCGCCCUUGCACCAUCCCUGCGCACCAACAUACAUCUUGGAAUCACCGACAGUUUUAAUUUCUAAUCUUCUUUCAAAAUAUCAUUGGUAUGUUAAAUGGCCCAGGGAAAGAUAAAAACUAAAACCAAUACCAAGCCGCCAGCAAAGAAGACCAAACCUACGAAGAACAAGGGCGGAGUGAAGAAAGGAAAGUUCACUUUUGCGGCUAAAAACAACAUUCAGCUGCAGGUUCAGAAGUUUAAGAAAUCUGUUCAGAAAGGAAUCAACGCGAACAUCGAGUCCGAGUUAAAAGCAGUUGCCCUUAAACAUCAAGAGGGAAAAGCGUUCAAGGCAAUCAAUACAAAUAACCAGACCGGAAGCUCUUCUAAAUAAAGAUGGCUGACAACGGAGAUUCGAACGGAACUAACGGAACCCUGAACGGAACGAACGGAACUGAAAACACCCAACACGUGGAGAAACAUGUCCACGUGGUGGAGCCAAUUACUAUGGAAACUGACCCACCGAACAACGACGCUGUCGAUACAGACGCCUCCGACGCCGAGCCCGACGGGCCUGAGAUAUCCGAGGAGCUGGGGAAGGUAGUGAUCAAACCCAACGAGGUGAACGCCCUGGAGCUCGACUUUCAACACUGUAAGAUUCCUAAGAUUGAGAAUCUUGAGGUUCUUACUAAAAUAGAAAAUCUCGGAUUCAGGUGGAAUUUUAUCAAAAAGAUUGAAAAUCUACAUCAUCUUACAACCCUGAAGGAGCUUGAGCUGUAUGAUAACCAGAUAACUAAAAUAGAAAACCUUGACGGUUUAGUUAAUCUCAGUAUGCUGGAUAUAUCUCACAACAGACUCAGGAAGAUUGAAGGACUAGAGAACCUUCCAAAUCUUCGAAGGCUCUACCUCGUCUCAAACAAAAUUUCAAGAAUUGAAAACCUGGAUAAGUUGACCGGGUUGGAGAUGCUUGAACUGGGGGACAAUAAGAUCAGGAAGGUGGAGAACCUGGACACCCUUGUCAACCUGACCGAACUCUACCUCGGGAAAAACAAGAUCAGCAAAAUCGAGAAUUUGGAGAAAUUAGAAAAUCUCAAAAUUCUCAGCAUUCAAGCCAACAGGAUUCGAUCAAUUUGCGGUGUUGACGAGCUCCCUCACCUGGAGGAGCUGUAUAUUGCUGACAAUGGGCUGGAAAACCUUCAGGGUUUGGAAAAGAAUGUCAACAUUGAAACUCUAGAAGUGGCCAACAAUAAGAUAACCAGUCUUAAAGGAGUGGAUAAGAUGAGUAAACUCGAGGAGUUCUGGGCCAACGGUAACGAAGUCUCAGACUGGAAGGAGGUUGAGCAGCUGUCUGCCAACAAGUGUUUACUUACUGUAUAUUUGGAGCAUAAUCCUAUUCAGAAGGAUCCUCAAUAUCGUCGUAAACUGAAGAUGUGCAUCCCAACCCUCACUCAGAUUGACGCAACACUCUGUCAAUAAAAAGAUUAAAUACCAAAUAUGUUAAUUCUGUGUUCACUGUCACCAUAACCCAAUAUUAGAUAUAUUUGAUCGAUGUAUAUUUUCUUGUGAUGAAUUUAAAUGAAUUUGAGCCAACACCUGGCUCUAAUUCAAUUUAUCCCUCUGUUAACAAUAUACUAAUUUUUAAUUUUCAUCUAUUUUUUUCAGA